GUGAUGUUUGGCAAACCUCACUCUGUGUUAGCUCGUGGUUGGUGUGUUAGCUAUGAAUUUUUCACCAACACCCUCUUUACCAGCCCGCAGCGUCCAAUCCCUCGAUGAGUACAUCACGCCCCGCGCGCCGCUCCGCCGGCAGGUGUCCCUGGACGAGGAGCGGCGGGACGACUGCCAGGGGCACUGGCGGGGGCCCUACCUCGAGGGGGAGGAGGAGGAAAGGGGGGUGCGCCUGUUCCGCGCGAUGCUGCUGCAGCACCUCCGCCUGGAGGAGCUCAGGCCGCCAAGCUGCAUGCUGGUGCCAGCUAACCCUGAUCAGAGGUUCUGGGAUUUCAGGGGCUGGUGGAUGUACUGGCGGGACUGGCGGGCGCUGGAGCGGGCGGCGCGAAGGUUUAGGGAUACGAAGGCCAGGGCGAGGCUAGCAGCGAGGGCAGAACAUAUACCCCUGCUGUCCCUAGAUGAAGUGGCGUUUGAGGAUAUCAUGCAGGAGUUGUGUCAGGCAUGCGUCCACGCAGAACAGCGAGCUCUGCUUGUCCUGGCGUUCCUCUGCGAGGUGUGCGCUCGCGCCGUGCGUGUAGGAGGCUGGUGUAGGGCGGCGGACUGGGCGGCAAGGCACGUGGCGCAGUGCGCGACACCCUGGGCUAUCAGGCAUGGCGGAUGGAGUGCGGUGGUAGAGCGGGCUGGUGGCACGCGCAGGGAAGAUACUCUGAUCGCCGGAGCAGCACUAGCAGCACUCCUGGCAUUCCUCCUCUUCUGCCGCACCCGGCUACGUCACGUGCUCCCCUAGUAACCUGCAGAGAGGGACCAGGGCCCAGUAGACUAGGAGACCAGUGGUCUUUUCAGCGGCAGUAUGUGGCAAAGUUUUUAAGAAUGAGAAGGUCACUCGUAAGCCGCAAGAAGCUCGGGAGAUUUUAAUAUCUUAUUGUAUGUCUUUUAUAUAUUUGUAGGACCAGGCUAUGUCAGCUGUAUAUGGGUAUAUGGUGUAAUAUAUCUUUUUACCAAAGAAAAUAUUUACGAAAAAAUUAAAUUUUUAAUUAUUAAGUAUCUAAAAUAGUCUUGAAAAAGAAUUUCAAUAUUUUUUCUCCUUUAAGGGACAAGUUAAAAAGGACGAUGAAUGAGUAAAUAUUUUAUUCUCUUAAAGAAAAAUAUGUCAGAUACACAUUAAUAAUUGUUAGAAAAGUGCUCAGGUCUUAGGAAUGUGAUUGUAAAAGUGAUUGUACAAUGUACUGUAAUGUUUUAUACAGUGUGUAACAAAAAUAAGUGAUAA